GUCUGGGGGUGCGACCUGGCCUGAGUGUUGACGUUGAGAUUGUGCUUGACAAUUAAACUGACAAGUUGACAGGGAGUAUUAUAGUUUCUGGUUCUGGUAGUCUAGAUCUAGACCUGAAAAUCUAGUGGGAUAGGUCACAAGGAGAUCUGUUGUUUGCUCUUUGACUAUUCAGCGAAAUAACAAAUUCACGUUUCGUGUUCACGAACCAAGGUUCCUUUUGCCGUCAUCAUGCCAGUCUGUCACCUGUAUACAAACCUCAAAGACUCUGACCUGAAGGACGGAGUGGAGGGAAGGAUUGCCAAUGUUGUGGCAGAAACCCUCGGGAAACCCAUAGAGCGAGUCACCGUCAUCAUCAUCCCCGGUGUUCGCAUCCAGCGCCUGGAGAGCACAGCGCCAGCGUGUACCUUCAACGUCAGCUCCUUCGAGGUGUUCGACAAGGAGCGCAAUCCGAAGUACUCGCCUGCCAUUUACAAAGUUCUUCAAGAAGAACUUGAUCUCCCCAAAGAAAGGUGCGUGGUCCUCUUCCAUGAUCUGGACAAAAACAUGAUCGCUGUGUGAGUCCGGGCGGAGUCUGCGUGGUCUACUUCACCUGCAACGACUACUUCAGGAUGGGAACAUAUAUGUGUGUGUCACGACGCGGUGGAAUCAGGCGCUCGUCAAUUUUUGGGCUUAUGGAGUUAUAUCGACAGGCAAGAACUUAAAUGGCAGCUGGAUUGGAAAAAUAAAGUAAAGUAAAGUAAAGGCAUAUGGGGUUAUUGGUAUCAUCUUAAAGGUUAUUCAUGCGUGCCUUGCUUUCGCCGAAAAAAAUAUCCACUUAACUUGAAUAGAAGUCGAGAUAUUUGCAUUGAAGGAGGUGGGGUCACCUGGUUUCUGAAGUAAAAUAAGCGGGAAGAUGGCGGCCUUAUUUUGGUGACCUCCAUAGCUUUAGAGUUCUUGGAAACUGCAAAUUAACAUUUCUUUGUGCUUUUAAUCAACUUUUUCCAUAAAAUCCACACUUUAAAAGGUUUUAAAUGGACAUACAAAGUGUUGAGCCAAAAAAAAAAAAUUUGGGAAAAAUGUCCAAACUGUGGAAAAUGCCGAUUUCUCGGAUUCCAUUAUUUUGACUUGACGAGCGCCUGAUCUCUCCACGAAGCCUCACAUAUGAUUAAAAACCUGUGGUUAAUUAAUU